UUAGAAUAUGCCUGUAAAUUUAAUGUAUAUAGAUUGUCAUUUUGAAAUAACAGUACGGUUUGGUUUAAAACAUUCGUGUUUACAUAUAAUGGAUUUGGAAACCAAUUGGAAUAGAUAAAUAAAUUAAAGUUGAAAUUUGAUAGCAUUUGAAAUUAAACACUAUUAAUGAAGUAGUCUUUGUAUAAAAAGGAUCUUUAAAUACAUUCAUUUCUGCUGUAAUAACUGACUUUGGAUAUCUGGAAAUCUCAAGGUAAUCAUAACUCAGAGCAACUGACCAAAUGCAAGAUGCGUUGUGUGUAAACAAUAAUGAAUACUAUACGGAUAGUUCUAGCUACUCUUGGGUUGAUUAUCAUUUUGAUAAUUUAUUUUUGUUUAUUUUUGAUCACUGUCAAUUUUACCCCAUCAAGAAACAGUAACAUUAAAAUGAGGAUUGUUGCAUUGAUGCAAUUAUAAAAAGUGAUAUUUCAUUAUGUAACAAAAGCUUAGAAAUACAUUCGGUGACGGAAGCCGUUGAUUGCUUUCAAGCAUUUAUGUUCACAAAGAUGAACAUAACAUGGAGGAAAUUGGAACACAAGUACAGCACAACAAAAAAAUGUACAUUUAACGGAACAUAUGAAAAAUGUCCAUGGAUAUGCAAUAACUGUACCUUUGUUACAAUGAAAAAUAUAAUGGGACGUACUGGCAAUCAAAUGUUCCAGGUUGCUUCGUUAUUAGGAAUUGCACAAAAACGUGGACUUAUCCCGAUUAUACCAUCUACAAUUCCAAUAAAUAAAUGGUUUAACUUGCCAACUUCAAUUGAGGUUUCAAAAUAUAUUCACCAAUCUGAAAUGAAGGAACAAGGUUUUGGGAAGUAUCUUAAUGAAAUUGAAGAUAUCGACGACAAUAUGAACUGGACUAUUUCAGGCUACUUACAAUCAUUUCGUUAUUUUAAUUCUUCAGACGAUAUAAUUCACGAAUUGUUUACGAUGAAGUUUGAAAGACGAAAGCGUGCGGAAGAUCUAUUACGGUCAAUUUCACCAUACGACGAAGUUGUAUGUAUGCAUGUACGAAGAGGAGAUCUAUUAAAGAAGAAACACAUCAACCUUGGGUACAACCCAAUUGAUUAUACGUUCAUAAAUGUUUCCAUGAACUAUUUUCUACAUACAUUUAAAAAUAUCACCUUUGUUAUUUUGUCCGACGAUAUGUCGUGGUGUAAGGAAUCUAUUAAAGGUGAGAACGUUGUUUUCAGCCCAUUUAAGGAAGCCAUAGACGAUUUUGCAUUAUUGAUGUCGUGCAAAAAUGUUGUUAUAACUUCUGGAACAUUUGGUUGGUGGGGAGCUUAUUUAUCUGGUGGAAAGGUUGUUUAUCACAAUGGAUUUCCGGCUAAAGGCAGCUGGUUGGACCAUAGAAUAAAAAGAGACGAUUAUUAUUUAACGGAAUGGACUGGUCUUGGCGAAGAUUAAACCAUUUGAAACUGAUCAAUGAAAUACCACUCAUUUUGGGUCGAAGACACAUUUCUGUUCGAGGAAUCAUAUUUAAAAUACCCCUGAUUACAAAAAAACUGUAAACCAUGUAUAUUUACAGUUUCAUAUAUCCAGUGUUUGCAUCUUUUUUUAUUCUUUGUAAUGUUGUUUAUUAGUAUUUGUUUUCGAUUUCAAACGCAGUGGGAUAUACAAAGGCCUUUCAUCACAUGGUUUAAUUGCCCUAAAAUAUCUUAUAAAUAAUAUUGUUGUGCACUCGAUGCGGUUUGUGUAUGGCGAAAUCCUCUAAGUGAAUAACCCUGUUGUUCAAAUAUGAUUUUGACAUAUUUCACCAGAAUAUAUCAAAUACAUAUAAAAAAGAGGAUAACUAUUUUUUUCCAUAUUGACAUCGGUACAGUUUUUAGUGUAUUAAUGUGCCAAAAAAAGAAUAUCUCAAUACAAAUGUAUUCGAUACAAUUUUAACAAUUAUUCCGCAAGUCACAGGUCACAGCACAAGAUCACGUGUGUGUAAACAAUCGCCACGCUCAAUGGAUUUUAUUUAUACUGGUAUUAAAAAACAAGUGUUUAAAAUUCAGACCACAGAGAUAAUGCACAUUUGUUGUAGUUUAGAUGGUGUCAAUCACUACAGUAAUCAUAUCAGCUGUAGUUGCAUUCUGCACUUUUUCAGCAGUAACGGGUGGGGUAAGUGUACAUGAAAAUUGUAGGGACG